AUGUCAGACCAGAACAGCACCGACGAUGGGGAGUCAGACCCCCAGCACAGCCUGUCUAUGGUCUUCCUCCUCGUCCUGGUCUUCUUCAUCAUGGGGCUGGUGGGUUUCCUGAUCUGCCAUGUCCUGAAGAAGAAGGGUUACCGGUGCCGGACUUUCCGGGACGAGCUCGACCCAGAUAACAAAGAUGUGCUGGCAGAGCUCCAGGCCAAUGAAGAGGAGGAGCUGAACGAGGACACCGUGGAAAAGAUUGUGAGAUGCAUCAUCCAAAAUGAAGCAAAUGCAGAGGCCCUCAAGGAGAUGCUAGGGGACAACGAAGGGGACAUCCCAGUGCCAGUGCCCAGCCUUUGUCCUCACCGUAACAGCCAGGACGGGGGCCCACCACAUCACCACACAGUGCAUCUGGGCUCCACGCAGGCCCCCUGCAUCCACUGCAGCAAGAGGAAGAGGCACCCACUGCAUCGGCAAGGACGGUCCAAGGAUGGCAAAGGCAGGAUGCAUCCUGGAGAGACCACCGUCUUCUCAGUGGGCAGGUUUCGUGUCACACACAUCGGGAAGAAACCCACUUUCCAUGAGCAGCAGGACGGUCCCCUGCCCGACGGCAGCCGGGAGCCGAGCACGGAGGAGCUGGAGCACAGCAGCGACCGGCUCCAGCGGGAGCGGGCUCGCAAUGGGACUGUCCCCACGGGUGGCCUGCAGAACGGAGCGGUCCAGAAGGGUGGCAAAGGCGGGGAGCAGAGCCGCUCCACCACCCUAGCCCCGAACACACCAGCCAGCUCUGGCACUCGCGACAGCAGGCGGGCAGGCAAGGGAUCCAGCGUUGCAGGCUCGCUGCAGGAUGCUGGCACUGCUCCCGGGAGCUCAAGCCGCCAGAGGAAGCUCCUGAGCCAUCGGGUGCUGGGAGGGUCAAGUCCCAGCAUCCCGGGAGAGCUGGUGCAGGAAGGAGGCAGCAUCUGCCUGGAGGAGACCGGACUGGGGUCGGCAGAUGAAGUAUCGGAUAUUCACGGGAGCCUGAGUCUGCACGAACAGGCUGAUGAGUUGGGAAGAGACGACGGCAGCAGAAAACAGCCUGGAGUGGAGGACAUGAGGCAGCAGCCGGGGCCACCAUGA